CAUGCCAGAGCCAGCAAAGUCCGCGCCCAAGAAGGGCUCCAAGAAAGCCGUCACCAAGACCGCAGGGAAAGGCGGCAAGAAGCGCCGAAAGUCGAGGAAGGAGAGCUACGCCAUUUACGUGUACAAAGUGCUGAAGCAGGUCCACCCCGACACUGGCAUCUCCUCCAAGGCCAUGGGAAUCAUGAACUCGUUCGUGAACGACAUCUUCGAGCGUAUCGCCGGAGAGUCCUCUCGCCUGGCCCACUACAACAAGCGUUCCACCAUCACCUCCAGGGAGAUCCAGACCGCUGUGCGCCUGCUGCUCCCCGGAGAGCUGGCCAAGCACGCUGUGUCCGAGGGCACCAAGGCCGUGACCAAAUACACCAGCUCCAAGUAAACAGCCCAUUUUGGAGUGCUGUACUAACCCAAAGGCUCUUUUAAGAGCCACCCACCCCGUCAGUGAAAAAAGCAAAUCCAUCACAAAUGAAUGUGUGUCUGGGAAACAUGCCUACCAGAGUAGAGGGGGAAGUUGUUAUUGUGGAAUAAGUCUAUGCAAUAAGAGUAUUUUUUUUGAUGAAUGAAAAGAUGAUGAUUGUGCA